UAUAUCCACAGACAUGUUUGCCCGUCUUCUCAGGCGCUUUGGGAGAGUUGAUGUUGAUAGAGAAGAGUCUAGAGUGAAGCAAACGAAACCUAAAGCGGCCUGCAGACAGACGUCAUCCCCUGAAAAUGUCCUAAACAAGGUGCAGGCCAACGAGGAAGAGGAGAGGCUGAAUAGAGAACUGGAGCUAACUACCAAGGAGAGAAAUGAGCUGACAGAUCGCCUCCUUUAUGUGACAGGUGGAUCCAUGAGCAAGAGCCCCUACUUCAGGCCAAAUCCAUUUUAUGAAAACUUGAAGAUAAAGGAGAAAGAGGUCAUGUCAUUACUGCACAACUUAGACACAAAGAACAUUGAACAUCGUGAGAAAUUUCAGGAGCUCAAGAAGGAGAUUAACUUCUAUCGCAACCUGCACAGCCGGCUCCUGAUGGACCAGGCAUGUAUGAAGAAGAAGUUGGUCACAUUGAAGCAGGAGAGCAAGGAGUUAGAGCGAUAUUUGUUUGAGUUGAACCCGAAUGCUGAAGACGAACAGGAGAAGACCAGCAACCUCCAGACCCAGCAAAAUUUGGUAGGAACAAGCAGCUGAGUCAGAUUAACAAUG